GUACCGUACAUGCACUCGACUCUUGCACUGCGCUGCCCAUUGAUUUCCCGCGAAACUAGAAUAGUGCAGUAGUACAGUGCAUGGGGAUUAUGUGUUGAAUUUCCGCUCGCAAAUCUAGUUGUGCAUGCCGACGCGACGUCAGAUCAGAAGACCCAACAAGAAACUGUAAACAAUAUUGAUCAAGAUGGGCAAAAAGCAGAGGAAACCUGAAGAUGGGCCUGAACCAGAAGGUGAAGAAAAUGAAGAAAAGAAAACCGAGGGAGAAAGUGAGGAGGAAGAAGAAGAGGUCUACCAAGUGGAGAAGGUUGUCGAUAAGAGGAUACACAAAGGAAGAGUAGAAUACCUCCUCAAGUGGAAGGGCUAUGGAGAUGAUGAAUCGACAUGGGAACCCCAGGACAAUCUAGAGUGCCCUGAUUUAAUUGAGGCGUAUGAAAAGAAGAUUCGAGAAAAGGAGGCCUUAAAGAGAAAAUCAGCCCAAAAUGUUGCUGCUGGAGAUGUAGCAGCAAAGAAAAGAAGGAAAGAAGAAGCUGCUGCAACCGAGAAGAGGAAAGACUCAUCUGGGCCUUCCAAAGAUGGCAAGCAGACGAAACAAGAUGAGAAAAAGUACAGAGGAUUUGACAGAGGGCUGGAUCCAGAGAGAAUCAUUGGUGCCACAGAAUCCAACAAUGAACUCUUAUUCCUCAUGAAGUGGAAAAACAACAACGAAGCAGACCUUGUGCGAGCCAAGGAAGCCAACCACAGGUGCCCUCAGAUUGUCAUCCAGUUCUACGAAGAGCGUUUGACGUGGCACAGUGAAGAUGACGAGGAGGACAAAAGAUAAAAGCACAGCUUCUUGGUCGCUCACAUCUUUUGUAAACAUCUUUUGUACGUCCCUAUUUGUUUUCCUCAUCUAUCAUCAAACUCGCUUAGGCACGUGAUGCGGAUACAGGGAAACCUCAAAGAAACAAGCUUGGAUAGAUGCGAACCAAACCCCAAGCAUUGAUUAUGCAUUCACCUUGGGAGGUGCUUCAUUUACACCAAAGAUACAGUUAAAGUUGACUUAAUUUUUUCUCCCUCCUGAACAAAAAAAAGAAACUUUGUGUACAUUGAUGUCUAUGUGUUUGACAGAGCAGGGAUCCUCUGAAAAGUUUUCAUGAAUGCAACUGCCUGCUUCUUAAAAGCCCCAUCUAUACUCGAUGUGGUAUACCAGCUCAACAAAGUGGAACUGCGAAAAAGCAUGAAUGAGCACCAUCCCCUUAGUAAUAUAACAUUUGAUAACAAAUGUACACAAGCACGUCUUAGGUAUUAUGUCAUUUACUACCCCAGACAUUAGCAAGAGUUGAGCAAACUCACCAAAAAUUAUUAUCACAACCAUCAUUUUCCUUGUUAUUUUGGUCUGAUCAAAGACCAACUUGAAAUAUCGGGGACAGCAAAGGAUUCAUGGAUGAUGGUAACAUUAUGAGACAAAAUACCCUAGGCUUGCCUACACACAGGGACUUUUCUAGCAUGCAGCUACCGUUUUCUUUGUCUUGCUAUUCAUUUACACCAAAAAUGUUUUUAGUUUGCUGUGACAGUUUUUGCUUUUAAAAAAAGGACCUUCGUUAACUCAAGUAUUUUUACGUUGAGUUAAACUGCUCUUAGCAGACUAUGUUAUGUAGGGUAGUAGGUGCCACCGGCUGGCAAUCUUUAAUGCGAAAACGGAUGUAGAGAUUUGCUUGUAAUGGGGUUUCCCUGUAUUAUUUGUUAAUAUGAAAAUGUCUUACUCUCCUUCUCCAUCUCUCUGUCUCCCCCUCUCUGUCUCUGUCUCCCCCUCUCUGUCUCUGUCUCCCCCUCUCUGUCUCUGUCUGUUGCUCUCACUAUGUCAAUAAAUGGAUAACUGGAUUGACAUGCUAUGAAAGGUCUCUUGUGACAAGCAUAGCUCAAUACUGAUUAUCACUAGACAUAAUCCAUAUGUUGAUCUGCAUCAAGUGCAUGUAGUAUUUAUGCAAAAAUUUUGAGAAUAUAAAGUCUGUCCAAAAAUAGGAAACUCCAUUGUCGAGUAUUUUUUCAUGUUACAUGUACAAUGGAGAUGUUCCCAAAUAUUUGUGGUGUGUACCUACUUUUCUCCUAAAUGACACCGAUAUUGAAAUAGAAACCGCAUGUGUAAGCUUUUUUUUCCUAAUAUCAUUCUUUCUAUUGUACAGGUUGUUUCUUUCAAUGUCUAUUUGUUUUUGUAAUCAUAUAUAAGGAGUUCUUGUUAUUCAAUGUAUAGAUGUGUCAUAUUUUUUCUACAAUCAGCAUUGUUUCUUAGUUUCAGUUGAAGAAAGAUUUGCCUUAUGUAUUUUCACUCUUCGUAUAGUAUGCACCGCUUUAAUACUACAAAGAAGCAUAAAGUAGACAGACCUCAAUACAUUCCAAAGAAACACUCGGCUUUCUAUGUAGGGUUGUGUGGGCGCUUUGUAUUUGUAUUUGUAAAUGUACUGUGUCAUGAAGCAUUUAAGUUCAAAUUGCUGCAUUUAUUAUGUUUUAUAAGAAAAUGCCAGAUGUAUUUAGUCCCCUUCACUCAGUUAAUUCGAAACUUUGAGCUAGGUUUCAACAUCUUUAAAGUCUCGGAUCAAAGAGAUGAUGAAGUUCCAUACUUUUUCAAGGAAUUACAAGAGAACAGUGAUUGCUACAUUGGAACUUCAUGAUAGCAAUCUGACAUAAAUAAUGCUAACUAUUGUUCUUUGUAUUGCUAUCUAAUUUUUUUUUUUUUUUUUUUUUUUUGGGGGGGGGGGGGGGGGGGGUGAAAUUCCAUCAUCUUUCCAGGAAUUAAAAAGGAAAGUAUGGCGACAGUGGUAGAUACAUUGGAAUUGCAUUGGAAUAUGCAUUCCUGCAUUACUAAUGUUCAUUGUAUUGCUUUCUAAUUUCUUUUUUAGGCUGUAACCUAACCUUAUCAUAUGUAGUCUCUGCAUGGUGAUAUUUCAACCUGAAUAAUCAGUGUAAAUUAAAAUCUUUGAAAAAAUUAUGUUUGUAAGUCAUAACCUGUUCUCCGGCAAAACACUACCGAAAUAGCUUUAAGAUCAUUUGUAAUAUGUUUGCAAUGAUGUUUGAGUGUACAUGUACUUAUCAGCUGUUGUGUAUGACAUUUUACACAUUUUAAUUUCUCCCUUCAUACAACCUUACUUGGUUAUUGACUAAUUACAGUAAUUUACACAUCCUAUAGUACAUAGCUGACAAUUCGGCCUAGUAAGGCUUUCUGAAUAUUUGCCUGGCUAUUUCAUGCAUUUGUGAGAUUUAUUACAUUCUUUUUCAAGACAAAAAGUUAAUAAUGAGGUUAAUAAAGGAUCGUCUCAGACAAGCGAAGCCCAUCUCAUAACUUUUAUGUUGUGCUCAUGGUUAAACAAAAAGGUUGGACCUCAACAAGUGCACUCCUUUUUCUACAAGAUCUACCAAUGCAACUGCUAUAUUCUCCUUGGUUUUUAAAAGAAUGCUGGUAUCCUUAGUCUUCAUGGUCCAUAUUCUACUCAACAUAAUGCUGGGCUCAAGCUUUUGUCAAAAUCUGGUUUAGCAAAGGAAGGUAGUCCGAGGUCCAAGUUUUUUGUCGCUGUACAUGAUCUUAAAGAUAAGUGAAUUACAUGUAGUAAGAUAUGAACUUGUGUCUUUGAAACUCAUUAUGUAGGUCACCAUUUAUAAAAUUUUGUUCCACCUUGCAAGCAUACCAUAAAUUAGUGGAUUUGUAUAUUGUGUAGAAUCAGAUGUUGUGUUUUUCCCGCCUGAAAGGAUUGUGAAGAUUGUUGUGCUGAAAUUUAAGAUUAGAUUGUUUUUUAACAUUCAUCCAUUUCUUAGUGGUCUCAUUCUUUAUAUUACGAAUCCCCUGUAAUGCACUGUAUAAGCUGUUAUUUUAGUGAUGAUUUAUUUUUUGUGAAUUAAAUGUUGUUGACAACAUGAAAAAAUGAGCUGGCAAUGCUUAUGUGAGAAUAUGCAUUUAUGAUUGUAAGUAGCCUGCGUUACUCAUCACAUAAAUAUUUGUGUCUCUGUUCUCGGUUAAAAUAUCUCAAUGCAAAAAUAAUAUCUUAUACAUUAUACAAAUAUUACUCAUCAGGUGCCAAAAGAUGGUAGUUAAGGCUGCACAUGUAUGCUUAAUAUAUCUAGUAUUGUUUAAAAAUGUAUUCUUGUCCAUUGCUUGCAAACAUUAAGCUACUAAAAACUGAUAUGUGAAUAGUGUUGAUAUCCGUUUUGCUGAGGGUUUUUAUUCCUGAAAAAUGUUUUACCAUGUGUAGUUUUAGUAAAUGGAAUAAAGUAAAGACAUAAAUCAUAA